CGAUCGUCGGAGGAAGAUCUCUGCAUUUUGACCGAGCGGGACGGGAACCAUUGCAAAAGGCAUUGGACUAGGGUUCAGAAUUGUACGAGCUGAUAUUGAGGUACUGGAAGGUGAACACAGGUCAGGACUGGUCUUGACCUGACAUGUUUGGAUCGAAGGCGAAUUAGGAGCCUGUGCCCUCCAGGCGAAACGUGUGCCUCAGAUGCUGCCGGAAGAGCAGGUCAUCCUCCUGCUCAACACGCAGUAUUCCACUUUGGCAUCAUUAUCAAAUGUAGCGCAACAUCUAAAGGACAAGCAGGAGGAGCGAAUUUUACUUGAGGAACAGGCAUUGCAAAAUUCCGAAGCAGCCCCGCGCAAAAUCAGAACUAUUAUAUCACAAGCAAAGCAGACGCAGGAUGAAUUGGAAAAAUUGCGAGAGAGGCGACUGCGUCUUGUUGAAACACUUGAUCGGGUGCCAAAGAAUGACACUGUCAUUUCCUACCUGAUAUCGGUGCAAACCAAACUGCAGAGAUUGAAAAUGGCGAAACAGUACAUAGAUCUUCUCAUAAAGGUCGAGGAUUUGAGCACUCGCAUUGAGCAGGAAAUGGACAGAAAUAUGAAAGAGUCACUGGCAGCGUACCAGGAGCUAUGGUCCUUGUGGGCUGACCUGCGCGACAAAGAUAAUGGAGGGCCAGCAGUCUCUUCAAGUCAGGUCGCCGGCAUGACCUUCAAAAUCGACAUGACCACAAACCUCACUGAUUACAUCAGACAAGUGACUGAUGGAUUGCACUCCCGCUUGAGGAUGAAGCUGGCAAGAAAGCUAGAGCAAGCCCUCGAUACAUUGGGCUGGCCCAACGCUGUCAAGAUUCCUCUAGGCGGUAACGAAGGUCUGGCUGCAUUUCGGGAAGCUUUUGGGGAGCUUAUACUGCUCCGUUCGCCUCAUACUGCUGGUGACAACGAUGUCUACUUUCUACCGCCCAUUGAAGUCAUGCUUCAAGCACCUGUUCUGCAUUUCAAGUAUCACUUUGAAGGUAGCCGACCUACAAAUCGUCUUGAUAAGCCAGAAUGGGCCUUCACACGGGUCCUGACGUCCAUAAGGGAUCAUUCCGCGUUUCUCUGCGGACCUGUGCAAGAAUUAUUAGAAGAGUAUGGGUUCAAGAGUCACGAUGCCAAGAACCUUUUCAUUGAAGGCAUGGUGGCUGCCGUUACUCACAAGCUCCGUGUUGACGCGCCAAAGCUGCUACGUGAGCCGUUACUGCUCUCUCAUACGAUAAAAGAAACCUUGGCGUUCGAUAAUGCAUUGCGAGAGAUUCAUUUGUAUGGCGAUUCUGGAACAGGGUGGAAGGGGUGUGUGAGCGUGUUCACGGAACAGCCUCAGUGGUUUCAAGAGUGGCUUUCGAUGGAGCUGGCAGCUGCAAAGGGGCGAUUUCAGGACGCCAUUGAUGCUGAUGAGGCGUGGGAGUGGGCUGAUCCAAAUGUCUCGGAUCUCGACGAGAUCAAACCCACACAGUCUGCGGAGACAUUUAUCAGUAUUUUAGAAGCAGUGACAGAUCGAUACAAACUUCUACCAGAGUUUCUUCAUCGAUUGGCCUUCUUCAACGAAAUCCAACUACCACUCCUUGAAGAUUAUUUGCAAGAGAUUCGAACCGCGAUUAAACGUCAGGUCAACGUUUUUCAUCCUAUUAACACGCCUGGUGCGAUGUUGCCCAGUAAGACAGGGCGAAUGCAAAUUAUCUGUCGAUAUGCUUCGUCCCUGCACUAUGUUGCGACGGUGUUACGUGAGUGGACAGACCAACCCUUUUUCGUUGAAUUUUGGGAGCAACUGCGGAAGCGCACUGAAGAGACUGGGGACGAGCAGGCCACUUUGUUUGACGAAGUGAUAUCAGCUUAUGAAUCCCGCGUAAAGCGCAUUGAAGACAUUGUAGUUCAAGACAUUAUUCAAGAGUUCGGGGAAUCUAUGUGGCAAUACGAUAGACGACGCAACUGGGCCUUGGGUCCUUCCAGUCUUAACGAUGAUGAUCAUAUCGAAGAAAUAUCUGCAGAGUUUUGUGCUUCCCUUCAGGUUCUAUCACAUUUCCUCCCGACCAUAUUCGAAAACCUACCUUCCACUAUUGGUCAACUGAUAUUGCGCGAAUUGGCGUCCCACAUCGAUGAGCAUCUGUUUACCCGAAUAAUACUGCGUAGCCGAUUCAAUCGGUUGGGAGCCCGUCAACUACAGGUGGAUAUUGUUCAGGGAUUGUGGAAUGGGGUCUUCAGACCUUGGCAUCGAAAACCAGAAGUGCUUUUUCGAAGAACCAGUGAGGCUCUCAAAUUGCUAAAUCUGCCUGUCAACCCCGCUGGGAAGAGCGAUGGCAAGAGCUUAACUUUGUUGGGUUUGCUUGACGUGCUACUUGAAAAUGACCCAAAGUCUGUACGAUCUGCAUUGGAAGGGAUUGGUGUAUACAGAUUAAGUUUAGAGGAAGUUCAGGAUGUCCUGAACAGGACUGUCGAAGUCGAAAAUAUCGCAAAUCAACUAUAAACGUUAGUUCCAUCUUGACUUGGAAUGCAUUCAAUCCAAAAGAAUCGCGAUCGGAGCCGCGGCGGUUGUCAACUGUAGCCAACGCCGGUCGAA